AUGGAGAAUCUGCUGGUCGCGGCGCGGCUGAGCUUCGCGUCGCCGGAGCUAGAGGCCCGCUUCUGCGACCACCGCACGACUACCUACUUCUUCGCGGUGGACAGUUACUCCGCGGUGUACCGGGCCGCCAUACCGACAGUCAUCUUCUGCCAACGGCUGCUGAAGCGCGAGGCAGACUCCCCCGUGCUGCCUCUUCUGGUCGUGGGCCUGACCGCCCUUUUCCUGAACCUGUCGGUGCUGAUGGCGGCGUUCCCGAGGCCCUGGACGAUCAGGUGGCGCGAGCCGGUCACGGCGUUCUUGAGAGGCACCAUCGUCCCCAUGACUGUGAUGAUGUGUUACCUGGAGGGGGACCAUCUGCCGCAUCCCCUCACAUGGAAGCCCUACAUCUUCAAUGCCAUCUUCUCCGCCGGCCUGACCAUGACCUGCCUGUUCCCCCUGGCAAUGCCUCUCCACCUCAAGCACCACAUCCCGGUCCACCUGGCGGUGUGGCUUAUGAUCGUCAACAUUCACGUGCCCCGCUUCUGCCAUGCGCUGGCGGAGCGGCAUGACGCGCAUACCUUUGUCAUGCAGAGCUGGGAGGCGUUAUCAACGCGGGUGUGGGGGCUGCUGGAUUCUAUGUAUGGCGGGGUGCCUGUGGAACCCUGCCCGCCGACUGUGGCGGUGGCCUGCAGGCACAUGCACACAUGCGUGCAGCUGGUCUUUGGACUGGUUGUGACCACGUACAUGGUGUGGGUGCUGGAGUACCAGAGCCGGGCGUUCUUCCUUCAGCGGGAGAUCAGGGAGGGCAGGGUCCCGGGAGGGAGGACGCGGAAGGCGUGGCCGGCCAUGCCGCUCAGCGCCAUCGUGUGCCAUGCGGCGCUGCUGCCGAUGCUGUUCGCCGUGUGCUGGGUGUGCUUGGCGCACGCUCUCUUCGCCGGAAACGAUGCACAGUACUCGCAGCAGGGGUGCGAAGUGGGCUGA